GUUCUGGAAAAAUAUCUGUGCCCUGCGCUUUUAACUUUAUCCGUCACAUUCAGGCGAGAACCGUCGGCGCCGCCACGGAGGCGGAAAAGGACAAGGCGAUGGCGAUCGAUGAAGAGCGCCGGGCUGCAUUGAUGAGGCAGAUCACCGAGGAGGGUGGCUUCGCCUACGUCAGCUCGGCGGAGAAGGCGGCCGGCGGAGACCUCCGGGCUGCAGAGGCUGCGCGGGAGAUGGCGUGGGAGCAGCUCCACUCAGGGCCAUGGCAUGAGGUCGUUCCCGCUUGGCGAGACGCCUAUGCGAUGGCCUGCUUCCACGUGGCGGAGCUCCGGGCCGGCGCUGGCGACCGACGGGAAGCCCUCCGCGCCCUCGACAUGGGUCUUAUUAUGGGCGGCCCGCUGCUCCGUUGCGACAUCGACGCUGCCGUGGAGAGGAUCAUGGCGGAGAAGGGAGUGGAGGACGCGGCCGUAGACGAUGGUUGUGCUGACAUGUGGAUAAAGGGGAUAUCCGCAAACGGAGACCUGGCAGAGGCACUACGCAUCCUGCCACACAGAUCACUAUCGUGUAAGAAAGUUGAGAAACAAUUGUCUCUCUCUUUGGAGACAUUUAUAUGUGAUUAUUUUUUACGGGAUUCUCCAGUUAUAAUCAGUGGAUGCAUUGAUCACUGGCCUGCACGAACAAAGUGGAAGGACAUGGAAUAUCUAAAGAGGGUAGCAGGAGAUCGAACUAUCCCUGUCGAGGUGGGAAAGAACUAUCUAUGUUCUGAAUGGAAGCAACAGCUGAUUACCUUUUCUCAAUUCCUUGAAAGGGCACAAUCAACUAAUUGCUCUUCCAACUUAACAUACCUAGCUCAGCAUCCUUUGUUUGAUCAAAUAAGGGAGCUCCGUGAUGACAUAAUGAUUCCAGACUACUGCUUUGCUGGUGGCGGCGAGCUUCGUUCUCUCAAUGCCUGGUUUGGUCCACUUGGUACAGUUACACCACUGCACCAUGAUCCUCAUCAUAAUAUUUUUGCUCAGGUGGUUGGCCGAAAAUAUGUAAGACUCUAUCCACCAUCAUCAUCGGAGCACUUAUAUCCCCAUACGGAGACCAUGCUUUGCAAUUCCAGUCAGGUAGAUCUUGACAACAUUGAUUUAGAAGAAUUUCCAGUGACGGCCGACUUGGAUUUUUCCGACUGUGUCUUGGAAGAAGGUGAAAUGCUUUACAUUCCACCCAAAUGGUGGCAUUAUGUGAGAUCACUUUCAACAAGCUUCUCUGUCAGUUUUUGGUGGAGUGCAACAACUGAUUCUUGUAGAGUGACAUAGUAUUAACCGUCGUCAUUCUACAACAUUUCUUGACUGGUAUUGCAUCAUAGAAAUUACACGUUGUAGCAUUGGUAGUCAUUUCACGCUGUAUGCAGAUCCAUUAACCAAAGCAAGCCGUACAUUUUUUUUCCUAA